UAUAUAUGAAAAUUCCAACUAACUUUUGGAAACUAUUCUACAUGAAUUCAAUUUUGAUGAUGCACUUAAGUUUAUGCUUAGCUCUGACAGCAUUAUUACCGUAAAUCGCGGAAUAGAAUGGUUAUGUGGAUUUGGGCAAUUAUUCGAUUUUGGCAAUCUAUAUGGCAGAAUUCAUUUUUAAUAUACUCUCACCUGCUUACUUAAAAAACAGAAAAUUCAAUAUAGCAUUUACUUUUCAAGCUUUACUAGUGGUGCCUAGCUUUUUUGCUUCUGAGUAUAUUUAAUAGAAAUUGUAGUUAUCUUACAAAUUGCCGAAACGGUGAUGAUAGCGCAUGGAUAUGUAAGCCUCAGAUUCUCAGUCCAAUAAGCAUAAUUUUUACUUUUAUUUUAGGAGCAGGACUAGGAGGAUACUUUGUUGUAUAAAACUAUUAUGUAAGUCAAUGUGCAACAGCAGAAUCAUCUGAGAUAAUGUUUAGUACAACCUACAUCCUAAUGGGGCUAUCAUCUAUGCUAAGUGGGUUUUACUCUAAGUUAAUGCUGAGGCUGGUAUCUAGGUCGACAUUUUUUUGGGUGACUGGUUUCAUAGAAUUGGGAUUAUCUAUGCUAUUUUCAUUCAUCCGAACUCCAUAGAAGAUGGAAAUGCUCGUGAGUGGUGCUAAAGUCAAUGAUUCAGAAAUAGAAAAGGAAACUAAUAAAGAGGAAGAUUCAAUAAAAUAAAAUAUUCUGGACAUGUAUAAGGUGUUUUUGGAUAAGAGUACUUACAUAUAUUAUCCAUUAUUCUGGAUGACAGGAGUAAUAAUUGGAUUCGAAUAUGGUUUACUAUAUUAAUUUAUAAAUAAAUCAUUGGAAAAGAAUGACUAUGAUGAAUAAACUAUUAAUGAGAAAACAGCUGAAGUCUAUUUAUUCGUAGGAAUUGCUUAAACUUUAGGAGCUUUAUUGAAUGGAAUUAUAAAGAAAACUUUAAAAUCAUAAACAAGUAUAGUGCUUUACACAAAUUUGCUAAGCAUUAUUGUUAUUUUGGCAUUAGUAGAAUCCUUCAUUGAUAGUUUCAACAUAACUAUAAUUCUUGGAUUCUUCUUGUAAAUUUAUAGUUUAUUUUAGAGGACUAGCUGACAUAAGUGGAUAGUUCAAUUCUGCAAUAACAAUUUCAGAAAAAUAUAAGGAUGCUCUGCCUGUGUAUGGAAUUUACUUUUGCUUUUAAAAUCUUUCGAUUGCACUUGUGAUUAUACAGGCCACGUUAUUAGAGUAUGUGCAUUUGGGAUACAAUUUAUUCUUAAUAGGAAUUUCUCAGAUUGUAGUGAACUUGGCUAUGCAUUACGUAAAUAGAAAGAAGGCUGAAUGA